AUGGCAUCCGACACAUCAGAGGCGCUUGACUUGACCACAAGUGAGAAGUUACUCGUAGUUCGAUGGGAACAUCUCAAUCUUUGGCGAUUUUAUCCAUUAGCUUUAGCUAGUUCGUGGUCUAUACGAUGUUUCCUGUAUCCUAUGUCAGUGGUAAAAAGCCGAUUGCAAUUGCAACGUCAGAAUAAUGUAUACCGGAAUAUGCGGCAUGCCUUCGCAGAGAUUUUGAAGACCGAAGGACCAGGAGCUCUUUACCGGGGCUUUUGGGUGACUGUUCCGCAGCUCUCUGCGUCCUUUCUUUAUUCAUCAACAUAUGAAAGAACACGCGAUCUGAUGCAAGUUCACCUAGGAAUCAGAAAUCCUGCACUUGUUUCUGCGCUUGCAGGAGGUAUUGCUUCUCCAUGUGCUCAGCUAGUUUUCGUUCCUACAGAUAUUGUUGCUCAACAUAUGAUGGUUCACAAUAAUCCUGAAGCGUUUGGAGGUAAGCCACCUAUUUUUAGCCUGUCAAGUCCAAGAGGUGCACUCUCUUGA